GUAGGCUAUAUAAGAGCAGCACCCUGAAGCUCAGGAGGCUGAGUGUUUGAAAAACUCAGAAGAAAUUGACUCCUGUAAUUAAAUAAAGCUUGUUCUCUUAAUUUUACCUUUCUACGUUUUAUCAAAGACACCUCAAUGUGUAAGGGACUUUCCUCCCUGCCCUCCUCAUGCUUGGAGAGGGCCAAAGACUUGCGGGUGAAGUUAAGCCAUCUGACUGAGCCGCACCACAAGCAAAAGGGUCACGAUGGGAAAGUUCCCCUGGACCUGGAGACUCUGCUGAAAAACCGAAGUGCUCUGCAGGCGUUUCGUGGGUUCCUGCGUUCAGAGUUUAGUGAGGAGAACCUGGAGUUCUGGCUGGCCUGUCAGGAGUACAGAAUUUCACCUUCUAACAUGCAGAAGAUAAAGUCCAGCAGCAUCUACAACCAGUUUAUCAACCCUGACGCUCCACAGGAGGUAAACUUGGAUGCUGAGACCCGGGACGCUCUGCUUGGGGUGACAGACUCUCCUUGUGCCGACACAUUCGACGAGGCACAGCAGAGAAUCUACAAUCUGAUGGCCAAAGACUCCUUUCCCAGGUUCCUGCGUUCCAAUCACUGCAUGGAUGCCAUUAAAGCUUUCUAGACUUACACCGUACUUACUACAGAUCUGCUUUAGAAACAGUGCUGGUCAAUCUGUAUUGCCUAAUUCGGUUUCACCAACCCUUUUAACAACUAUCUUGUUAUGUGAUUGUUUUUCAUAUGGUAGUGCUGUCCUUGUGCACUGAAUGCAUAAUGCAUUCUGUUAGUAGUCAUAGUUCAAAAGAAAAACCUUAACUAAAAGCUUACAUAUAGAUGUCUGAGCUAGAGAGACAUCCAUAAUGGAUUUAAAUAAAAAUCCUCAUAAAAGA